GCCUCCUUUUUCUUCGCCGCUCCCGGAAGCUUCUUGGUCCCGGUCCGGCGGCCGCUCGCCAUGUUCGCGGAGCUGAACGAGCUGCUGGACGCGUCCCCGCAGCGACCGGAGGCGGGUAAAUUCACACUCCUACUAGACACCAGAACAGAUGGCAGCUUCCUGGUGCACCAUUUCCUCUCCUUCUACCUCCGAGCUGGCUGCAAGGUUUGCUUCGUGGCCCUGCUCCAGUCCUUCAGCCACUACAACAUCGUGGCACAGAAGCUGGGAGUCAGUCUGACAGCUGCCAAGGAACGGGGACAGCUUGUCUUCUUGGAAGGCCUCAAGUCCUGCCUUGACCUCUUGUUCACAGAGGAGGAGCAGCCAGGACAGCCCCACCCUCUCCAGUUUAUGAGUGACAGCUCCUCCAACCUCAGAGCCUUGUUUGACUUUGUCCAGGCGUCCCUGGCUCCCUCUGGCAGCAGCUCCUGGCAGGGCCCUGUGCUGCUGGUGGAUAACCUGGGUGUCCUGCUCAGCCUGGGCGCUGCACCUGUGGCCAUGCUGGACUUCAUCCACUACUGCAGGGUGGUGGUGUGCUCCCAGCUGAAGGGGAACAUCGUGGUGCUGCUUCACAGCAAUGAGGAUUCAGAAGAUGAGGAGAACAAGCUGGUUGUGAACUCCCUGUGUCAUCACAGUGACCUGAUCCUGUGGGUCGAGGGGCUGGCCACUGGUUUCUGCAAGGAUGUUCAUGGGCAGAUUAAAAUAAUCAGGAGAGUGUCCUUGGAGCUGAAGGCAGAGCAGGAUCAAGUCCAGAUCUACCAGUAUAAGAUCCAGGACAGGAAUGUCACCUUUUUUGCUCCGGGGCUGUCAGCUGCUGUCCUGUGACACUGGGACACCAUGACACUCUGCUGGCUGCUUCAGCAGCACAGCAAACCCACCCAGGAGGGAAGCUUAAACUCGUGUGGAGCUGCCUGCCAAGGAGGGGAUUAGCCCAUCCAGAGCUUGCUUUGUCCUCCCACCCCAUUCCCAACGUACCCAGGCCAAGAGGAAGAGCAAAAACUUGCCCGAAUGGCCCUUGGAGCGUGUAACUACAAGCAGGGGCUCCCCGGGGCUGGGUGUGCCUCACCUGCCAGGUGCAGGGCAGAGCCAGGCACCAGGCAGGGCGGGAUCACCCCACCCUCCUGCUGGCACCUGCCGAGGUGACGGAGCAGGCGGAGCCAGGGCUGGUCCUGGUGCAAUCCCCGCCUGCCUCGCAGCGCUGGCACCCAACAGAUUUGCUCAAGUCCCAACUUCCAUCCAAUGGAAAUAAAUGUGUAACUGCACGUCUGGCCCCUCACCUGCCUGGGGUAAGGCCUGGCGUGGUUGAUCCUUU